ACGCGCCACCGGCCGCGAGCUGCUCGCGCGGCGCCGGCGCGGCCGUUACCGGGAGCGCUGAGGGGGCCCCAUGGCCGCGUCCGAGCGCACGGCGCUGGGGCCGCUGGUGGGAGCCAUCGAUCAGGGCACCAGCUCCUCCCGCUUCCUGGUUUUUAAUGCAAAAACAGCAGAGCUCUUGAGUCACCAUCAAGUUGAAAUACAACAAAAAUUCCCUAGAGAAGGAUGGGUGGAACAAGAUCCAAAAGAAAUAUUAAACUCUGUCUAUGAAUGUGUGGAAAGGACCUGUGAGAAAAUGAAACAACUGAACAUAAACAUCGCCAACAUAAGAGCCAUUGGAGUCACCAAUCAGAGAGAAACAACAGUGGUUUGGGACAAGACAACUGGAGAACCUCUUUAUAAUGCUAUUGUGUGGCUUGACCUGAGAACCCAGUCAACAGUUGAACGUCUUCUUAAAAGAAUUCCAGGAAAAAACAAAACUUUUUCUAAGUUUAAGACUGGUCUUCCACUUAGCACUUAUUUUAGUGCAGUAAAACUUCGGUGGCUUUUGGAUAAUGUGGAAGAGAUUAGGAAAGCAGUUGAGGAAAAAAGAGCUAUGUUUGGGACUAUUGAUUCUUGGCUUAUUUGGAGUUUGACAGGUGGAAAGAAUGGAGGUAUUCACUGUACAGAUGUCACCAAUGCCAGUAGAACAAUGUUGUUCAACAUUCAUUCCUUGGAAUGGGAUCCUGAGCUCUGCAAGUUCUUUGAUAUUCCUAUGGAAAUACUUCCAAGCGUACGGAGCUCCUCUGAGAUUUAUGGUCUGAUGAAAUCUGGAGCUUUGACAGGUGUACCAAUUUCUGGGUGCUUGGGUGACCAGUCUGCUGCUCUUGUUGGGCAAAUGUGUUUUCGAGAUGGACAAGCAAAAAACACGUAAGUUAUUAAGAAAGUUAUAAGAUAAACC